AUGACUGCCAUCGGGUCAGGAUUCAAGGGCCCUUCUUUAUAUGAGUUGAGAGGAAAUUUGUUAAAGAUGGCUGUGAAUGAGGUUCAAGAUUAUUUGCAACAAAUUAAGAAGGUUUGGAAUGAGACCGGUUGUACACUAAUGGCAGAUGAAAUUGGAGCUGAGAAUGAUGCAAGUUAUAAAACUGCAGGAAAAAAGUUACAGCAGAAGUAUGGCUCUUUCUACUGGUUCCCUUGUGCAGCUCAUUGCAGUGCAACUCAUUACAUAGACUUGAUGUUGGAGAAUUUUUCUAAUCCAAUAUAUUUUCCCCUUAUUGAUGAUACUAUAAGAAAGGCAAAAAAAAUAACAAAAUUCAUCUAUAACCAUGGUUGGGUUUUGGCAUUGAUGAGACAAGAUUUCACCAAAGGUCAUGAUUUGUGUCAGCCUGCAAUGACAAGUCAUUCUAAGAGUAACAUAGGGAAGGAGAUAGCUGUGAUUGUUUUAGAAGAUAAAGAGUUUUGGGCUCAUUGUCAAUUUAUUGUUAAAGUUGGUGAGCCUUUGGUUCGUGUUUUACGACUUAUUGACGGGAAUGAGACGCCUGCAAUGAGAUACUUGUAUGAUGCAAUGGAAAAAGCCAAAGAGAACAUAAAAGCAAGAUACAAUAACAAAGUUAGUGGAUUCAAUCUAUUCGCCAAGAUCAUUGAUUCUAGAUGGGAUAAGCAGCUUCAUAAUUCAUUACAUGCGGCGGGUUGUGUUCUUAACUCUGAAAUUUACUAUAGCCCCAGCUUUAAAAAUAAAAAUAAUGUUGCAAGAGGCUUCAAUGGUUGUGUUAUGAAGAUGGAACUUGAUCUCGAUGAUCAAGACAAGAUCAUUAGAGAACGACUUGUAUAG